AUGGAACAUGCAGGUAUUGGUUCAACAUUAGGGUUAGGUGUAUAUGUAUUGGCCGGGGAGGUGGCCGGUAAAACAGCCGGACCAUCGGUGUGCCUAUCAUUCACAGUUGCUUUAUGUUACGCCGAGUUUGGGUCGCGAGUGCCCAGAGCCGGGUCCGCCUACUUGUACUCAUACGUCACUGUCGGCGAGUUCAUGGCAUUUGUCAUCGGCUGGAAUUUAGUGCUCGAGUAUAUAAUCGUUUUGUUGGCAUUUGGAGUGAAAGAGUCUAUACGUUUGCACACAAUUAUGACAGUGGUUAAUUUAAGUGUGGUCGUAUUUGUGAUUGUAGCUGGCUUGAUUAAGGCUAACUUACAUAAUUGGCAAAUCAGCAAGAACGAAAUACCAGCGCAAUACACAUGGGCUGGCAAUGGUGGCUUUUUUCCUAAUGGUUUCUCAGGUAUGAUGGCCGGCGCCGCAACAUGUUUCUAUGCAUUUGUCGGUUUCGACGCUAUCGCCGCCACAGGGGAGGAAGCAAAAAACCCGAAACGAAACAUACCGUUAAGCAUAUGUUUCUCACUCCUAAUCAUAUACUUGGCUUACUUUGGGAUCAGUGCCGUACAGACCCUUAUGUAUCCCUAUUAUCUGCAACACAAGGACCUGACCAACGGUGCGGCCCUACCCUAUGUUUUUGACAAAGUUGGCUGGCAUUGGGCCAAAUGGGUUGUGUCCAUCGGUGCCCUCAAUGGCCUGUCGACCAGUCUGUUGGGCGCUAUGUAUCCCUUACCCCGAGUGCUGUACGCUAUGGGCAGCGAUGGUGUGAUUUUCCGUAUAAUGGCGUCAGUAAAUGCCAGGUUUAAGACACCCAUUUGGGCCACAAUGAUCUCAGGCCUGUUCGCCGCGUGUAUGGCUGCCAUUUUUGAUCUGGAUCAGUUGGCAGAUAUGAUGUCUAUUGGUACGUUAUUGGCGUAUACUUUGGUCGCAGAAUCCAUAAUCAUAAUCAGAUACUCAGACGAUAUGAAUGACAUAAACCAACUAGUAUUUCUGCAAAAUGAUAUAUUUGAUGGAAAAGUAGUACCAAUUGUCACAUCAAGCUUCACAUUAGCCCUCAUAUGUAUUGUCAUUUCACUACUUAUAAGGCAACCAAUGAUACAAAAGUCUCGAUCAUUUGAGGUUCCCGGUGUGCCUAUUGUGCCCCUAUUAAGCGUAUUUGUAAACGUUUAUCUAAUGUUUAACUUAUCUGUGGAGACGUGGAUCAGGUUUUUAGUGUGGAUGAUUAUUGGCUUUUUAAUAUACGGAUUGUAUGGCAUUCGCAACAGUAAUGAGCGACAGAAUCGGUCGAACAAUCACAUCAAAGCGGUUUCAUGUGAUGGACAAUCAUCAAAAUUAUAA